AUGAUCGACGAGCAAAAUGGUGAGGAAAACUCGAACCGGAAUAACAAUAAUCGUGACGACGAAUCGCUGACCGACAGAAUCCCUUCGAGAAAUUCUCAACCAGCGGUUUCAAUCGGUGCAUCAAAAAAUUUGAAUCCGGAAAGUCAGUACCAAAAUCAUGACAUCGAAAACCAUCAAAUAUCACUCUCUAAUAUCCAUUAUUCAACACCAGAGAACACCGAGACGAAAGAUGUCAGGGAUAUUGUCCAGUCGAUUACUAAGGCGGUUUUUCACGUCAUAGACGAUAAUUUCGAUCGAUUAAACAACCGCAGCUCGAACACUCUUGGCAUGCGAGUGAAAGACAGUUUAAUACUGAAGGUACAACAGGCGAACAGAAAGGAGAUACCAUUUGACGGGAUAAAAACGUCCCUCGUGUGUCGACUCGUCGUCAAUGACGACCAGGCUUGCUUUUUGCCGUACAUCGACGUCGAAUCCCCCGCACCAAGUUCUGCCAGUGAAAAUUUAUCGACGAAGCAAAAAAAGUCCGUCAGCUUGGACGAGGAUGUGCGGGUUUUUGACGGAGUUGAAAACGAUUUUUUUGCGCCGGAGGAAGUCAGUUUGGUAACCGAGGUGGUAGAAAUUGAGAACGAUGGUACGGAGUCAAAAAAUACCGUGCAAAACGUAGAAGAAAACAACGAUUUUAUAUUCGAGAAAAACUUUAAGAGCUCUGAGAAAAACCGAAGCGAUAUCGGUGUUGAGAGUUCUCAUCGAAUCGAAGAUGACGAAUUUCGUAAGCAAGAGGAAAUAAACUUGAGAAAUGUCGACACUCAAGAAAUUUUAACACCAAAAACAACCUCGAAUAGUGAUGAAAAUCAAUUCUCCCGAACUCGAGAAGAAACGAAAUCCAAGAAGUUAAUUUUCCAAGAUGAUAAAACCAAAGAUAAGGUCACGGAACGAGAAAACGUCGACGUCUCGCAGAGUUCGUCUCAACUUGAAUUUUUUUCCUACCUUUUAGUGAAUACACGCAACUCUCGCAGUGCAAGCGAUCAGUCUGACGAAGGUCAAAAGGAUUUGAGCAAAAACGGAAACGUGAAAAUGAAUAAUCGAUCGAAACCGUUGAAUGGACACUGUGAUGCAUAUCGAGCUGGGACGAAUGAAGAAUUGGAGUGCCUAAAACCGACUAACGAACAAAAACAAAAGGGUCUCUUCCGUAAAUCACCGAAAGAAAAUCAGCCUGGGAACGCAGAAGCUGCGAAAGAUAGUUCGAACAGCUUGUCGGUAAAAAAUUGUGAUCGCUUAGAAAAUCUGAAGACGAUGAGUAAUAAGACGUCAGACGACAUCGUCGAGAAUUCAAACACGCUUCUUCUCUUGGAUGAAAAUGAUUCCGAGCAUGCGAGAGAUGAUGUUAAGAAUGAUAAAAGGAAGGAGAUGCCUGUCCGAUCUGAAUCAAAAUCGUCGAAACGUAGUCGCGAUAAGUACGUCGCGGUGGAAAGCAGCGUCGAUAAUUUGUCAGCGUCACCGAGUGGUAGUGAGAGGAACGAGAAACGAAUAGACAGCGUCGAAUACUUGGAUGAAAAAUCAUCGCUAACGAAACCCUCGGUCUUGAACGUCAAUAUCGAGAUAAAGUUGAAAGAAGAGCAAUCGACAAUAGAGAAUGUAGGAAGGAGUAAGCAUAGAAAAUUGGAGGUUUCAAAUUCCUCGUCGAAGGAUAAUUUGAACGAUAGCUGCAACAAAAGGCGAGAAGGCACGAAUGAUUUAUACGAGCUGGACGUGGUGGAAAAGGUGUCUCGGAAAAGAAGUGCCACAGGCAAAGCAAGUCGUGAGAAUACAAACAUUAGCAGUGAUAUUGUUGUCAUUCCGACUACAGAUAUCGGUAAAAAUAUGAACGAUGACAAGAAGAAAAUUAAUCAUUUACCGAAAUUUGUGAAAGACUUCUUAUCCACUAGUAAAAAGCGCACUAGGGAUAAAAGUACGGUUGAGGAAUCGCACGUGGCGGAAAAUUCACAAUCGGUUCAGUCGUUGGAAAAUUUAAAAUUACAGUCCUCGUCAAUUCUUGCACUCGAUACAGUAACAGCGGAGCUGGAUCAAUCUGGUGAAGAAAGAAAUUUUGAAAACGGAAGGACAAGUGCUAAUCUCAGUGCUGAGAAACUUAGAAAUGACGAAAUUAUACUUUCCUCCAAGACACCGUCGACUAUUCAAAGUCCACGUGAUGUUGAAGUAAUAGAAAGGACGGAAAGAGUUGAUCGAUUGGUAAACGCAAUGCAAGUGGAUCUGGAAGAUGGACAAGUCAUAGAAAAUGUGACCGAAAGUAACGAUGAUCAUGCUUCAGAUAAUUACAGUAACGAUUCGCGAUUGAAAUCAAGUUAUAUGUUAGCUGAAGAGAGCGAGUCUAAAGUAGAAAAAAGCGUCUCUUUGCCAGGUGAAUUUGCCAAUCACUCACCUGGAAUAGAGAAAGAAAUAGAAUGUAAAGAAAUUAUGGAAUUCUCUGCGAAAAAACCGUCUUUAUUCUCAAGAAUUGUCAGGUCGAAGAAAAAUACUGUCUCCAAAGAAAAUAAAACUGAACAAAAUGCAACAGCAGAGCAGGAGAACAGUGCAGUACCAAAAAUUGGUAGUGAACUUCUGGUUGGCACGCAAAGUUCGAGUGUUCCAAGAACUAACUCUCUUAAUGAUUUAGGAGAUGGUAAAAGAAAUUCAACGCUAAACGUAAAGUUAGAUGAAAAUGUGACUCGAAAAAUAGAUAGUAAGGAAAUAUCGAAGACCAAAUCUCUGAAUAGAGUGUCUACACUGGGCAGUAAUAAACCGAAUACGGAGCUCACACUUGGGAAGAAAAAGAGUGGUCUGACGAACGAUCAAUCUUGGAAAAAAACUUCGGAGAAAGUUUCCCUAACAGGGAGUAUAUUAUCAAAGAAAUUGUCGAGAAUGGACAGCAACGACGACAAGCAAUCGGGAAACGAUCCCUCUCUGAAAAAAACUUCGUCAAAAGUUUCCCUGCAGGAAGGUGGUAAAUCAUCGGCAACAUUGUUGGAAACGGAUGACAACAAGGUAAUAAGUCUGAAUCUAAAUAAGCCUGUGGAAACUUUGCCAAUAUCUGGUAACGACAGUGAACUUCGAAAUUCCUAUUCAGUGGACACGGAUGUUAAUAAAAUUGAGCAGAAAUUGACCGAAGAAUUAAAAAUUAACGAAAUGGGACUCGAAAGUUAUUUGAAACGUAUUCAAACUCAGGCAUAUCCCAUUGCCACUGAGGACAUAUUAAAACCAAACCUUCCUAGCACAGGACAAUCGUCAAUUGCCGCAGAAGCGUCACAGCAGCAGGAAACGAACAAAGAAAUUGACGCGAUGAACAUCAAAGCGAAUGAUUCACGCUGGUCGCUGCGUAGUGAAAAAUCUAAAACUGACGUAAAAGAAGGCGAGAAACUUCUCAGCGAUAAUGAAACUGAGGCGAAUGUCACAGAUAAUCGCGUGGAUGUUUCACGAAAGAGUUCCAAUGUGAGAGAACCUAUGAAGCGAAAAAAAUUCAUGCUCAAUGUGGUUUCAAAAUCGUCUCCGACAGGUGGUGGUGUAAUCGAAGAUAGAGAAGAGCCUAAGGAUGUUCGGGCCAAUACCGAGGAUACAAAGCCGAAGCUACUUUUCAAAUUUAAAACUGGCAAAUUUCAGAAUAAAACAGAGAAUAACUUAGCAUCACUGCAGUUAUUUACAACCUCGGUAACGACAAACGACCAGACAUCAGUCGGACCUGACAUUCAAGCAUCUGUAGACGCCAAGGAACCGAGCAGUCUAUCCAAAAGCUUGAAACGAAGUUUGCAAUCUAAACGAAAACGCUCGAAAGCUUCUGCAAAAAGAAGCAAAGCAAUGUUAAAAAUUGAUACAGAAUCGCAGACAGAUAUGGACGUAGAAUUCGCUUCGAAACAUUCAACCGACUUCGAGAAUGGAAAUGAUAACGAAAAAUCGAGUAAACCUUUGCAGUCGCUCGCUUUGAAAUCGAGUAACUUGUCACCACUGAGCAAAGAAAAUCUUUUGAUCAGCCAAGAAUAUAUGGGUGAAAAUAUUUCAUUGAUAGAUGGCGAUGUACAGUACGAUGAGAAAUCAAUAAACUCUAAAAAUCUACUAGUGGAUCCAAUAAUAUCAACAGACGUCGAAAAUAUGUUUGAAGAAACAUUUGCUGUUGUGUCAAAACGAUCGGCUGAUGUUAUACCAAGGAAUGUGAUCGAAUUAUAUUCAGUAGUGACGGACAGUGAAACUAACAAUAAACGGAGUAUUUCUUCGCCACGUGAGAUAACUAAUUCACAUUCGAUACUUGAUGGUGGCAAGAAUCUGCAGAGUGAAAGACGUGGAUGCGGUUUAGGAAGAAAUGAAAAAAAGUCCGUUCCAAAUCUUGAACUCGAAGUGAAAUAUUCAGAGGAUUCAGAAUCCUGCACGUUGGGUCGAUCGGGAAAUAUAAACACUUUUUCCCCCAAAGUGAAAAAAUCAUUUUCAAGACUUCGUCAAAUGAUGCAUCUCAGAACAUCUAGCAAAGAGACGUUGAAGAAAUCAGAAAAUGAUUGUGAAUUCCCAGAAUCUAAAGAUUCCGCGAAUCGUCUCAAGAGUGAAGAAAAAUUGACAAAGAGAAGCAAAGGAUCAGUGAAGAAGGAAUUAAAAAAGGAACAUCGGAAAAACGAAGAACAUGAAACCAGCGAUGAACACAUCUUGGCGAAAGCACCGGAACCGAUUGAAUCAACUAUUCGAAACACUCCAGCAGUUAUUUUCAAGAGCCCAAACUUUGUGGCCGCAACGUAUCUGGUUGAACCAUCGAUCCAGGAUCAGCUACAAGGAGAAAGUUCAAUUGGCGUUAAAUUACAACCAAAUUUAAUUUCACCAAAAAAUGUAAAGAGCGAAGAGCAGUCAGAUAAUUUGACAACAGAAAAUAAAGAAAAGCACGGGCUGUUAUUGAACGUGAAAUCUAUAUUCAAAUCAUCAAACAAAUCACAGCCUCCAAAAGGUUUUGAUUCCGGUAAUAAAAAUUCAAAAAUCUUUAACAACGUUGAAAAAUCCCUGCUUUCAUUGAAGCCCAGUGGGCUGGAACCCGCAGCCUCUGAAAUCGAAACUGAUCAUGAACAAAAUGUUCAUGUUUCGGAACAGAAUGCUGUAGAAAUUCCAACGAUACAAAGUACCAAGUCCUUAGAAGACAAUAGAAAACAAGCGAAAAACUCGAGACAGCCAGCCGGCCACAAGCUAUUGGGUAACGAAAAUAGUCCAUUGGUGAUUGAAAAAGUUAGUCAGAAGUCGUAUCAAGCAACAAUUUUCCCAAACGAUUUCAUGCAAAAACACACCAGUGACGUAACUGAAGACGCUGGAGUUUAUAGGGCAGCGAAACAUUCCGAAGAAUCCAUAAAAUUACCAACAAGUAAAGAAGAACCCAAGAAGACGUCUAAGAAAAACUCGCUAUUAGGAUCGAUAUCAGCUAAGUCUGCUGCAAACAGUGUGGAAUCUGUAGCAGAAAAUGCGAACUCAGCCGUUGUCAAUGACGAUACCAUGAUUUUAAGAAAAAGCCUGAAAUCCUUAUUUAAGUCCCCAAGAAAAUCGAUACUGAAGAACGAGGAUGACCAAGGGCCACCGAAAAGCGCGUCGAUGAAUAAGAACGACGUUAAAAAUGACUCCGUAAAACAGGAAAUUGAAAAGUCAAAAUCAUUCCUAAACAAAACGCAAGAGAAGCAAAAACCGAACGAUACAAAUGCCAUAUUAAUUCCCGAAUCAAAUACCGUUACCAAAAAAACCAAGGAGAAAAAAUUGCUGCAAAAUAGUAAAGAUGUGAGGGCAAAACACGGGAUGCUAGAUAAUGCCGUUGAAAAUAAUGAGGAAAAGAUCGAUGGAAAUAUAAAAAAAUUCGCCAAUUCGUUGUCUCGGAUUUUUAGCAGUACUUCCAAAAAAAGAACCGGUACCAGUCUGUCUAUGAUUACGGGUAACUCGCAGAUGAUUCUGGAAGACCAUUUUGAAGUUACGAAAAUACCAUUGUCAUUGUCAAGCCAUUCGAAUGCGGAAAAAAAUGACCGUCAAAUCGGUAAGUCGGACGUAGCUGACGAUGACAAAGAGGAGCUUGUGGCUGUAAAAUCAUUCGACUCUGUUCCUGGAUCGGAAAAGCAUAACGACUACAAACAACCAUCAGUCGUUAAGAAACGUUCCUACCAAAUUCUGGAGCCCCAACACGCGACUGAACCAUCAUACGACGUAAUUAUCAGUACGGAAAAAUUAGGCAGUCAAUUUUUGCUAGCUGCUUCGACUGAGGUAAAUCGAGUAUCUUCCAAUAGCAAGAGAUUCGAAGUUGAUGAUUUAACGAAGAAAUAUUCGUUGAGGGACAACGAGGAGAUGAGGAAGCCUUUGGAAAAGAUCCACGUAAUCAAAGGCACAAUUGUCUCAUAUGCCCCGAUGGUGGAGAGUGCUAAAUACAUAUCGAACGAACACGACGAUACAUGUAAGGAGGACGACAACGUAGAGGAACGUCCCAAGAGAUCUUCGGGGAAAAGUUUUGCGACGAUACGUAAACUCUUAUCCAGAGCAUCGGUGAAAAGCAGACAGGAUCACGCGGAGAUGGAAGAUCAUUGCGUCGGUAAAAUUGAUCAUGAAGCCAAGCGGGAUUCCUUGGAGUGUCGAAAAACUGGUGCCGUAAAGUACCAAGAAGGUAGGGAUUCUUUCGAAGCUUUGCCGAGUGACAAAGCCAAGCAGAAAUCCAAGACUUCGAUGCGAAAGGACGACAAGGCUGAUACUAACGAGCGAAAGAGUCGACGACAAAGUAAGAAGCAGGUGUCGAAGUCUGAAGUGAAAAGUUGCGAACCAGAAGGUGUCAGCAAUCCUGAAAGUCCCGUAACUCACAGCGAAGUGCUGAUUGUCAAUAACCUAGCGACAAGUCGAAGUGAAUUAAGAUGUAAUCAGGAAACGGAAAGUUACGAAUGCGGAUCGAAUGAUGUUUUAAUAAUAUCUGAUCAGGCUAACAUUACGGUGAACAAUGUUGAAAUUGUACAAGAUCUGGCCGAGGUUGUGAUAUCACAUGUAAGGCAAACGGAUUCGAACAAUACAGUUGAGACCGAGCAACAAGUAGGUCAACAAUCGAGUCGCGUAAAAAAAAGUAGCCUGUUGUCCGUAGCGAAGAGCUAUAUCAGAAAGCGAAUUGAAACUGGAAAAGAACUGGAAUCGAAGUCUUCAAAGCGACGGAUGGAUGAAAAGAACCAAGAUGAGUUGAGGGUAGAUUCAUCGAGAUUGGCAGUCGAUGGUUCUAAGAAGACGUCGAAAGAAAACGGCGUUACCAAGACUGAUAGCGUGUUCUCGAGAAGUGUGAAAAGAUUGUUCAAAAAACGAAGCUCUCAAGCCGACUCCGUCGCCUCCAACAUCGACGCUGAAACGAGUGUGGCUGAUGGCCGUCAGAUGACAAGUAGGAAAACAUCAUUAACUGACGUCUUGAGAAAUGAGAAUAUCGAAGACGCAGGCAGAAGUGUAACCGUAAAAAAGCACGACGAUAAAAGUUUCGUAAUCUACAACGGAUCGACCGAUGAAAAAAACUUUAAAAAUCUCAACCCUACCGAUGAGCUGGAAACGAGCAAGUCUGAAUCUGCAGUGCUGUUAAUUCGAAACGUCGGAAAAAAGUCGAUUGAAGCGCUGCCUAAUACCCGGCCAAAAUCUAGUAAACAUUCGAUGAAGGGCACGAAGAAUAAGGACACCGAGUUACCAUCUGUGGUUACGAAUUCCGAGACACGCUUUCUGACCAGCCUUCUGGAUCAAAAUACACCUGAGGCUGAAAUUCAAGUCGAUGCUUUAAACCAGUACCAAUUUAAGGUCACGCCGAAUGACUUGAAAUCAAUACCGUUUGCAACCAGAAAAUCCACCGUUGUUAUGAUGGCAACUCCUGUCCCACCGAGGAAAGAAUCGCAAGUCGAAGAUUCCAGUAGUUCGCAAGACGCAGAGUCGUCAAGCUCACCAACUGUCUUCUACUAUUUGCUCGGUCCGACAUUGGAUGAAGCUUUAAUGGAUGUAAGGAUUGUCUUCCAAAACUUGAUUGACAAAAUAACAGGUCGUGGUAAUUAA